UCCUUUCCUUUAAACGAAGCCUUGUCUUCUAAAUGAAACGAAAGUAAAGUCAAACCCGAGAAGCAAAACAAGACACCGAGAUACCGACGUACGUCCGCCAAAAAUGCAGCCCCUCUCCUUCCUCCGCCGGAAAAGGGCAGAAAAGAUCCGCCACGUCGGAGGAUAGGGCGCCCCUGAAUAAACGAGUUAUGUUCCCUGCCCGUGGCGCUUUUCUUCUUCUUUCUGCAUCUUUCUCAGUUUGGUUGCGGAUGGGUAUCGCCGCUUGUCUCGGGAAUCCGAUUUCGCAUUGGGCGACGCCGUCGUCUCCAAUCCGAUCUCCACGACCUACUUCCUUCCUCUCCACUGCCCGCCCAUGCCGCAAGCCUUUCCUCUCCUCAUUAGGCGAUGCUGCGUCUCCCUUCCUGUCUCAAUUUCGUCGGCUUGGAUUGUAGGGAAGGGGGUUGGGCUGUCCAUGAGAUGUCGACCAGAGAAGGGGUUCGAUUUUUCUCCAACGUCGGAUGGGAUGCCGAUGCCGGCGGAACCUUCUCUCCCUUCUCAGAUCGAUAAAAGCGAGCUUCAUGUUCUAGAAGUCUUAAAAACUGCGAAUUCCUAUCUGCCUCAUGCUGUUGUAGCGAGCACAUUUUUGGCACUUGUGUAUCCACCUUCUUUCACAUGGUUUACCACCAGAUACUAUGCUCCAGCUCUGGGAUUUUUGAUGUUUGCCGUUGGAGUCAAUUCUAGUGCAAAGGAUUUCAUUGAUGCAAUUGCAAGGCCAGCUGCUAUUGCAGCUGGAUAUGCUGGACAGUUUAUUGUCAAACCUACUCUUGGUUACCUUUUUGGGACCAUGGCAGUCGGCAUUUUCCAUCUCCCAGACCCCAUAGGUGCAGGAAUUAUGUUAGUAUCUUGUGUUAGUGGUGCACAACUUUCUAAUUAUGCUACAUUUCUUACAGACCCAUCUAUGGCUCCCUUAAGCAUAGUUAUGACAUCUAUCUCAACUGCUACCGCGGUUCUCAUCACCCCAAUUUUAUCCCUGUUACUUAUAGGGAAGCGGUUGCCAGUGGAUGUAAAAGGAAUGAUGUCCAGUAUUAUCCAAAUUGUGGUUGCACCUAUCGCGGCAGGGCUACUUUUAAAUAGGUUCAUUCCGGGGGUCUGUUCUACAAUUCGGCCAUUUCUGCCUUUUCUUUCCGUCCUUGUAACAGCUCUCUGUGUUGGUUCACCCUUGGCCAUAAAUAUAAAGUCCAUUCUUUCUCCUUUCGGGAUGGUGGUUUUAUUGCUUAUAGUUGGAUUUCACGCUUCAGCUUUCAUUUCUGGGUAUGUUCUAACCGAUUUAGCAUUCCAUAAAGCACCAGACGUGGCAGCACUUCGAAGAACCAUGUCAUUUGAGACAGGGAUGCAGAGCAGCCUACUUGCCCUUGCAUUAGCCAACAAAUUUUUCCAGGAUCCUCUUGUGGGGGUGCCACCAGCAAUAUCAGUUGUUAUCAUGUCUUUGAUGGGAUUUUUGCUGGUCACUGUUUGGGCUAAGAAAAGACAGCGACCUUCUUAGACAUAUUGCUCCAAUGCUUUGGAAUCAUCGUCUGGGCUUGUGCGGAGAUCUACUUGGCUACUGCUGCUUGCUUCCUUGUUGGGUCUUAUACAUUGAUUUUCCUGUCUCUAAGGGUCACCUGCAGUUGCAUCGGAGACUAAAGGCAUGGUCCCCGCUGUCUUUUCUCCAUCUGUAUGACAUCCUCCUCAAUCCUCAGUCUCACAUUAUAUAUAUAUAUAUAUAUAUAUAUAUAUAUAUAUAUAUGUGCACCUUAUGGAUAUUCUGUCUUUGUAGUUUAUUCCACUUCGUUUAUCUUGUUUUUACCUAAAUAAUGUUCGACACUAAGCAGUAACAUUGAAGGGCAACCCACAGUGCCCAUUUGUUAAAUGCUGCUUCAGCCGGUGUAGCAUUAUUGGGUAUUUUUGUCAACAACUUUUCUUUUUCUAUUCUUACCAUCUUGGUUGCUGGAAGACAUUACCAUCUAGAACUAACCUUGAAAGGAUGUCGUGUGUUUCCGUAA